CCUCUGGCUGAACUUUCACCUCUUCUGGUGGGCGUCUGUCAUGUCACUCCUUACUCGCGUGUCCAGGGCAGCGGGUGGCGCGCUACUCAGGGCCACAGCUGCUGGGAGACACCGGUGUAGCAAGUCACAACACCACCUUCAGCGUGGGCACAGCCGCCUGGUGUGUGCAGGAGCCGGCAGGAUGGGAGUGGCGGGGUCCUGUAGGAGAGGAAACACGGAGCAAGACUCAGACGGCGGCGGCUCUCCAGUCUCAGGUCGCAAGAUGAGCACCCACAGCAACAACAGCUGCAUCGGGGACCUGGUGGAGGGAGUCAUCUGCCAGGAAGAUGACCUGCCAAAGGAUGGGAUGAAAUCAUUUGAAUUCAAUGGAGAGAAAGUGUUGGUGGUGCAUCAUAAUGGGCAACUGUCAGCCAUUGGGAGUAAGUGUUCCCACUAUGGUGCCCCACUAGAGAAUGGGACGCUAUGUGAGGGACGUGUGCGCUGUCCCUGGCAUGGGGCUUGCUUCAAUGUGACCACAGGUGAUAUAGAAGAUUUCCCAGGCCUUGACAGCAUCCCUAAGUAUGAUAUAGAAGUGACUGAAGGACAGGUGAAGGUGAGGGCCAGCAAGACCCUUUUGAUCAAUGGAAAACGUACCAAGGCCAUGGCAAAAAGAGACCCAAAUAACAACUCAUCUUACGUUAUUAUUGGAGGAGGUGGUGCAGGUGCAAGCUGUGCUGAGACUCUGAGACAGGAAGGCUUCACUGGACGUGUCAUCCUCAUCACUCAGGAGUCUCAGCUGCCCUAUGACCGACCCAAGCUCUCCAAAGCCAUGGACAUCGCCCCAGAGAAGAUAUUACUCCGAUCAGAAAGCUUUUAUGAAAGUGGUGACAUAGAAGUGCUCAUGGGCGUGUCGGCUGAGGGAGUCAACACUGAAGAGAAGAUGGUCCAUUUAAGCACAGGUGAUACAGUUGCCUAUGAGAAACUGUUCAUCGCUACUGGUGGAAAACCCCGAAGGUUGGGCAUUGCAGGUGACCAGCUGCCCAAUGUGUGGGUGGUGCGCUCACCUCAGGAUGCCAAUGCUGUGGCUGCAGCAGCGGCUCAGAAGCAAGUGGUGGUUGUCGGCACCUCAUUUAUUGGAAUGGAAGUGGCUGCAUUUUUGUCCACCAAUGAUCGGGCAGCAUCUGUCACUGUCAUUGGAAACACUUCUGUUCCCUUUGAGAACAGUCUUGGCCAUGCUGUGGGGCAGCGUAUCCAGGAAAUGUUUGAGGAGAAAGGAGUCAAGUUCAUCGCCAAUUCAGGAGUUGUUGGAUUUAGUGAGAGUGAUGGAAAGCAAGUGGGGUCACCCUGGACUCUGGAGAGACUGUCGAGGCAGAUUGUGGUGGUGCUGGGGGUUGGGGUGGUGCCCAACACUGAGUUCCUGGAGGCCUCUUCCAUCCCAAGAAACCAACGAGGUUACAUUCCUGUCAAUGAGCACUUGGAGACAAGCAUCCCUGGAGUCUUCUGUGGGGGAGAUAUUGCUGCUUUCCCUCUGUUCAUUGAGGGUGGUGAGGAGGUCUCCAUAGGGCAUUGGCAGGUGGCCCUUGGACACGGCCACACAGCAGCUCUCAACAUGACAGGCCAGAGUGUGCCCGUCAAGUCUGUUCCAUUCUUCUGGACAGUCCUGUAUGGGAAGAGUCUUCGCUACACUGGUUAUGGGAAGUAUGACGAUGUGAUCAUUGGUGGAGACAUGGAGAACUUGUCCUUCAUUGCUUACUACUGUUGUGGGGAUAAGGUGGUGUCCCUUGCCAGUCUGGGGAAGGACCCCGCAGCUGCCAAUUAUGCUGAGAUGCUGCAGCAGGGCAAGUCCCUCACCAAGCAGCAAGUGAUUGAUGAUGGGGAAAUUGCAUUAAAACUCAAGUGUUGAUUUAAUUUUAUGGUUCAAGCAAUCUUACUAUGCAGCUUUUGAAGUGUGUAAUGUGGUGUGGUGUAAUUUAUGAAUGCUCAAAGUUAUGAAUCUCAUGUUUGUGUUUUGUGUAUAUGUGAUGUUCCAGGUACUCACUUAGCCACAUGCAACAACCCAAUAAUGUGUGUGUGAAAGCAAGGAGCUUGUUGUCUCACUCUCCCUGUAACUCAUUGUUCAGUGAAGUCAUGAUAGCUGUAGUUGCCUUUUGUUUUCAGUUAGUGAUAGAAUUGUUUAGUUUUGAAUAACCUUAUUGAAGGAAAACAUCUAAGUGAAUUAAUUUGAAAGUAUAAGGUUACUAUAUUUGUUUCUGAUAGAAAAAGAUGUGUGGAUUCUUGUUAAAUACAGGCAAGUUUAUUCCUUGUCUUAGAUUGUUAAGAAAAAUCAGAUGCUAAUAAUUCCAAAGUUGUUAAAGUAACUUGAAAACAUCUUGCUUGACAAUAUUAUUAGAACAUAAUUAUUGGGUUCCACAAACCAAAGAAAUAUUAUUGUAUGAAUUGUGGCUAAAAGUCAUGAAGUUAUUGCUUCUCAACACAGCCAUCUUUGUGAAACACAGAGAUGCAGAUCAGCAGUAUAAGUUGAGUGCAGUGCAUGACACUUCAUGGUUUGUGUGUAGCUUGAAUUGUGAUGUACUUAGUGUGCCUUUGAGUGUGCUGAGAGGGGCGCACCAGACAGCACGCCUCAGCACUGCCCUGUGUUGCGUGUGUCCCGUGUGGUGCCUUUUCAUCUCAAGUCAUGGAUUUUGAGUGAGAAGUGGUGGAUUAAGUUUUCACGGGACCAAUUUGCAGCUUACAUAACACAGUUACAAACAAACUCAUAUUUUUAUAUGGCAUAAUUUGUUACAGACUAGAUAUUUUUAUAUACACUUUCAGAGUAACAGAAUAUUUAUUAGUUCCAUUUACUUGUAUUGGAAUAAUCAGAUUGUUUUUGGGAUGUUGGAGUAUUGAAUAAAAAACAAGUUUUGGUCCCUUUUGGUGCUUCAGACUCAGUAACACUAUUUUUGUUUAGAUCUGUGGAGCUUUAAUUGUUAGGUUUAGUUGUCAUCUACAUUCCCUUGCAAGGAAGAGUGAAGCUUUAUAUGGUGAUGGCAUGGACAACAUAAAUGCAUCAUAGAAUGAAUUAACAAUCCAACAUUUUCCAUUAUAAGAAUAAUAGUCACUCUUGAGGGUUUGUAAUGUUAAAUUUGACUGGUUCCUUGGCAAUAUGCUGUCUUGUCUCUUCCCAUUAUUAACUUGGGUAAUUAAACUAAUCCUGCAGAACCCUUCAGUGGCCUAUGGGAAUGUCAGCUGGCAAAGUAUAACCUCGUGAAUUGUUGCCUUAUUCCUCAGUUCACCUUGUGUUAGCAUUGUAACAUGUUCCAUGCCCAAUAAAUGUAAUCUUGAAUAGA